GUAAAUAUGAAGCGCUUUCUAGCGCGUGAAUGGAACGUUCCUGCUUCAAGUUUCUCUGUUUAAUCGAUCCGUAUCAAACAACAUGAAAUACAAGUUAAAAUCAGUCCCUCCGAAAAUCAAAUCUGGAUCCCUACUUUAGCUAAUUUCUUUUGUUUUAUCUUUCUAAUCAUCCUAUAAACCCCACUAAAAACAACGAUUUAUAUAUAUAUUUUAGAAAAAUAUAGUUUUAAACCCAAGUUUAAUCAACUGAGAUUUGGAAGCUCUAAACUGAAAUUUAAAGAGAAAUCCACUUAUUGUCUCUCGAUUUAAAUAUACCCAUUCAAAGAAGGUCUAUUUUGUUAGAUCCAAUUUGAUUCAGAAUGAUGAGUUUCGUGAUCCUGGAUUCGGGUGUAGAUCUUGGGUGGAUUUUGGUCUGAGAUGGAUGUUAGUUCGAAAUAUUGGGUACCCAUUUCAAGAAAUUGUUCCUCUCCUUUGAAUUUGUGCCUUCUUUUAUGGGAUUUUAUUAGUGUUGCCAUCGUUUGUAGAGUUGAGUUAGGCUAGGUUUUUUCUUUUUCGGUUGUGACAAAAAAAAAAACAGAAAAAAAUGUUUCGGAGGGAACGUGAAAGGGAAUUCAAAGAGUUUAAUGGAGGACCUCCUUGUGGGCAAGUCAGAGUUCUUGUUGUUGGUGAUUCAGGUGUGGGGAAAACUUCUCUUGUUCAUCUGAUUGUCAAAGGUUUUUCCACUGCUUGUCCUCCUCAAACUAUUGGGUGUACAGUUGGUGUGAAGCAUACCAAAUAUGGUAGUCCUGGUAGCUCAUCAAGUAGCUUGAAAGGGGAUGCUGAGAGAGAUUUCUUCAUUGAACUUUGGGACGUGUCAGGACACGAGCGAUACAAAGAUUGCCGAUCUCUUUUCUAUUCUCAAAUUAAUGGUGUUAUUUUUGUACACGAUCUUUCCCAAAGGAGAACAAAAACAAGCUUGCAGCAGUGGGCAUCUGAGAUUGCAACAACUGGGACAUUUUCGGCUCCUCUAAGCUCUGGAGGCCCCGGGGGACUUCCUGUCCCAUAUAUUGUUAUUGGUAACAAAGCUGAUAUUGCUGCUAAAGAGGGUACAAGAGGUAGCAGUGGGAAUCUGGUUGAUGUAGCUCGUCAGUGGGUUGAGAAGCAGGGUUUGCUUCCAUCUAGUGAGGAACUCCCAUUGACCGAGAGUUUUCCUGGUAGUGGCAGCCUUAUUGCAGCUGCCAAAGAAGCAAGAUAUGACAAGGAAGGUUUAAUGAAAUUUUUUCGUAUGUUGAUCAAGAGACGGUAUUUUUCAGAUGAUUUAUCGACCCCGAAUACAUGGUCCAUAUCUCCUGCUCUGAGGACUUCUCAAUGUCUGGAUGAAUAUUCUGAUGAUGAUCAUCAGUUGUACAGGCGUACAAGUUUGAGCGGUGACCCUUACAAGUACAACAUGCUUCCUCCCUUACCUGCACAACGCAACCUUACUCCACCUCCCACGCUUUACCCUCAACAGCCGGUUUCAGUGACUGAGAAUUACAGCAUCCCACGAUUCUCCUUUACCGGUUCCCAAGAAAUCAACAGCAGCACCAGAUCGAAGCGUGCGGAUAUUAAUGUCUGAUGUAAUAUCGUGUCCGGUGUUUGCUACAAGACAAUCACUAUUGCUGGGAGGUUAAAAUAUUGUGUGUUGGCCAUAUUAUGCUUUCCUCCAUAAUUUUUUUUACCUUUAUGCUUGUAUAACUGGCAUGCCGAUUCUUUUAUAUCCCCAGGGCCUCCCCCAAAAGAUCAUUUUUUGUUUCACACGGCCUCCGUUUUUGGGGUUUUUUUUUUUUUUAUAACAGUUUUACUGGUUGUAUAAUUAUUAAUUGUUUACCCCAAAGCCAAAAUAUAGGUGAUGCAUUUCAAUCAAA